AUGGAGCAGCUGGUGGCUACCCGAGUCCGUGAGGUACUGGGCAUCUUUCGGGAAGGCCUGUAUGAGAGUCAGCUGAAGAGGCUUUAUUGCAUCAGCUAUGGCGAAGCUCUCGACGUCAGGUCGCUGGGCUACAGCUCUCUCACAGAUUGGAUCUUCAAGAAGAGCUCUUGGCUUAAACGGAGCGAAGGCAUUCUCUGCCUGCUGAAGCUUCCUGAUCUGGUGUGCUCCAAGCAGGAGCUUCUGCGGAAACAUAGAGGCACCUUCCGUUUCUGUUGUGGCAAGUGCAGCAAGUGCUAUGGCGUUGGGCGAGCCGGACCUGGCUGUGUGUGUCGCCACGGAGCAUCCGGAGCAUGGCUGCUGGUGUACGAGCCGCCUGCCGAGGAAAGUGCCGAAGUUACCGUAAUCCGAAAGCCUGGAGAAAAGGUCAGCGGUUGUGUCCACUUCUUCUCGGGGAACAGCUGCAGGCAGCAGUGCCCAUACGCUCACAGCGAGAUAGAGCUGGAUGUGUGGAACGUGCUUCGAAGCGGAACUGCCAGUGAAGAGUUGGUGUUGGAGCCACAGUUCCUCUUCGCAGACCAACCCGCUUUCCGAUGCCUCUCUUGUGCAGAUUCCUUUGCGACAGAGCAAGAGUUUCGUCAGCAUUUGCAGUCGCAGCAGCAUGUCGAUUGCUUGGACAUGGAGCUUCAGCACAUGUACGACUGGAAGAAGCGUCCACCACCUCGAAGGCACUUUUUGGGGCUGUGCAUUCGAUUUCAGUCUUAUCAUCGCUGUCAAGCUGGGUCCGCAUGCAGCCAACCGCAUUCAGAAUCCGAGCUUUCCGAGUGGAGACAGCGUCAUGAGCUUCUGGAGCGUCGAAAGAAGCUGAGCUCCGACAACGGACUGCAACCAUGGCGACGAGAUCUUGCUUUCAAGUGGCUCUCGGCAACGGGAACGGGGCAUCUUGCGAGCUUCGGGCCGCAGUCUUCUCGACAAGCGCUAUCCGCCCUGGAUGCGCUGCGAGGGCUUCUUCUGGAAGACAACCCUGCAAGCGACGGCUUACUACUCUGCGCAGCGCCAUGCUCUGUGAGCCUUCCGGAAAGCCCGGCGAAGCACGUAUGGCAUUGCAAGGUGGUGGCAGGGAGACACUUGCUCAGAGCUUGUUUGCUUGACCCAGCGAAGUCAUCUUGCUUUUGGCUUCAGCUGGAGAAGGACCCGGUCAAGUACCAAGAGCUGCAGAUAGCUCAUCAGCAGGUGAGUGAGCUUUCCUUGAACUUCGCUGUGGGGAGGUUUGGUCGCUUCGAGCAGUGGUUGAUCCUUGAUUUUGGAGGCCCGCCCUUCGUCAUGAAGCGCUUCUCCGUGACGGUGGAGAACUACUGCCACGGCUCGCUUCUUAGCGAGGCCACGCUGACGGAGUCGCUGAGCCAGGAGCCCAAACGCUGGACAUGGUGGACAAGUGUGCAAGGUCGUGAGGAGCCGUCGAGACUGAUGCUGAAGCACAAACCCCCUGAGGCUUCUCUCGAUUCCAUCUACUGCCAAGAUAACGGCAGACUCGACUGGAACGAUUUGAAAGAAUAUCGAAUGAACCUUCAUUGCUUUCUGAAGAAAGAAGAGGAGGCAGACACUGCAAGGCUUCACACGCUCUCUGGCGAUUAUGACCUGGAAGUGUUGCCCGAGGAUGCAACGGGUGCCACGGCUGUAAUCGAUCUCGGUCAGAGCGGAAAGCUUCGUGAAGGAGGCCAACUACUCCUGGACGGCCGCUGCAACAAAGCUUGGUUGGCUUCCAGUGCUUCAAGCAGCGCUGUCUUCGAGGUGCGGCUGAAGGUCCAAGAAGAGGAGACUCUGGCAGUGAAGUUGUGGCUGCAGCCGCACGUUUUGCGGUGCCUCUGCAGACACCCGAGUGCACGUGUUCAUGUGCAGUUCCAGUUUGAUCGCCGGGAGAUCAGUUCCCAGCAUGAAGUGGUGGAUGUCAUCUCUCAGCGCGAGAUCGUGCACCGACUGGUGUUGCCGAACUUGGAGCGCUACCCGUCUCCCACCCAGUCGGAGCUGGAUGCGACCCAGGAGUCCGUCGCGCGUGAGCUCACCGAUUCGCGCCUUCCACCUCCGAAUCCUGCACAGCUUCGGGUGAUGAGCUUUGCACUUUGCGGUCUUCAACGCAGCUUGCCGCCUUUGCUGGUUUACGGGCCAUGGGGAACGGGCAAGACCUUGACGCUUGCGCAUGCUGCCAUCUGCGUUACAAGGCGCUCGCAGCGCGCCCGGAUCCUCAUAUGCACACACACCAACUCCGCAGCAGAUCUGUUUGUGGAGCGCUAUCUAGGCAACGCUGACUCUGACUUGGGUACAACGGUGCUUCGCCUAUGCGCAAGGUCUCGAAGUGGGCGCAUCUCUGACGCAGUGAUGCAGUGCUCUGCAAGCCUGGACGACCUUUCCAUUCAGCAGCUUCUUGAUGCACAGAUUGUUAUCUGUACGUUGAGCUUGGCGAAUGCCAUCGCGAAAAGGAUCACGGGUUUGCUUGAGGAGCACUUCACUCACAUCUUUGUGGACGAGGGUGGGCAGGCCAAGGAGCCCGAGACUUUGCAAGCAGUUGCCUGCGCCGGGCCGAGGACGUGUCUCAUUAUUGCAGGGGACCAUAAGCAGAUGCGCUGCCAGUCGUCAUCCAACUUUGCACAAGAAGCGGGUCCUGACCUGCAAUCGUUGCUUCAACGCAUGUUCCUUCUCUACGGAAGAAAAGAAGCGAAGACGUUGCGGGUCCUGCUCAACGUAACCGCUCACACCCUGUCAUCGUCACCUUCGUCGGAAGGAACUUCUACAGUCAGGAACGGCCAACGCUCCACGUUGGGUCAUGAACACCGAUGUCCCGGCCUUGCAGUUCACGUAGAGGCGAAGGCAGAGCUGACAUACGAGCCUCACGGCUGCGGCAACAUAGCAGAGGUCAGGAAGGUUUUGGAAGUGGCACAGGAAGUUUCUGAGAGCCUCCGUACUGCUGACGUGGGCGUUAUCUCCACAGAGCUACUGCAAGUUUGGAGACUUCGCGAGCUCCGCGGUCGGACAAGAGUGGAUGUUCAGCGAAUCUCGAAUGUGCAGGGUCAGGAGUUCGAUGUUGUCAUCGUCUGCACGGUGGCAUCGCACCGCAUGGACGCAUCCCUACAAAGCAGUUUCGGAUUCCUCAGCGACGAGGCCAUGCUGAAUGUUGCUCUGACACGAGCACGACGCUGUGUUAUUGUCGUGGGAGAUGCGAAGGCACUGUGCUCUGCGGGAUGCUGUGCCUCCUUGUGGAGGCGAUUCAUCGAAGCGGCUCAGAAUGAGGCUCAGAAGCUCGGGGGCUCCAGCUUUGAUGUGGCGAGCAUUGAAAGUCAGGCUCGGGAAUUUGAGGAGGACAUCUUCGAGGACGAGGACGAGAACCUCCCAGAUGACGAGAUCUUGCUUCUGACCAUGAGACAAGGUGUCGAAAGGAACAUGGGAAACCUGGUUCGUCCAGAAGAGCGGCGUAGGCAAAUCGAUCUCCAGAUGGAAGCUUUGCGUGGGGCCGAUGCAGCGGCCGCCCCUCGUGCGCCGUGGCACCCGUGGCGGGCAAGGCCAGGUGCCACGGGGGCAGCCAAUAGCGGCCGGGCCAACGUAACCAUCACACCUUCGAUCCAAGGCUUUGCCCGCUCUUCGCAUUCUCGCACAGAGUGCCCCCCGGCCAUUUGGGACAUGUGGCCCUCAGAGGAUCACAUGCUUCGGAUCGUGCUGAUUGCUGAGAAGCCGGCGAUGGCCAGAGCGUGGGCGAGGGCAUUGCACGACGAGCCGGAGUUUGUGAAGCCCCAUGGUUUCGUGACGGGCGUGUAUCACUUUGAGCGCGACUACAACGGCUCGCUUGCAAGAUGGUGCGUGUCUUCGACGAUCGGACACUUCACCGAAACGCGAAUGAACGGUGGAUUGGCAAGGAUGAGCAACGGAGCAGCCUCACCCGAGAUGUUCACGCGGGAGCUGGUAGACGAUUGUUUCAGGCCAGUCCAGAAGAAGAUGAGGGAGCAGCUACGACAAUUGUCGCGCAACAGCGACAUGCUUGUCCUCGCCCUCGAUGCGGAUAUGGAGGGCGAGUUCAUUGCUCGUCAGGUCGCUCGUGUGUUUCAGCCUCUCAUGAGGUCUUCGGCCGUGUGGAGGUGUUGGUUCACUGCCCUUGGAAAGCGGCAUCUCUUGAAGGCGCUCAGCAAGCUGACUCCGCUCGAUGAGGCUGUGGCGGAUGCUUGUGAAGUUCGUCGACAAGUGGACUACAGGGGUGGGCAGGCUUGCACGCUGACCCUUUCGGCCUUCGCGGACAGACACCAGGAGCACCUGGCAGGAGCUUUGCCAAAGUUCAGUGCCUUGCGUCAAGAGCGUCGAGCUUCGAAACAGGGCGAAGAGGAUUUCGAGCCAUCGCUCAGCUAUGGCCCUGUGCAAACCCCGACCAUCUUCCUUGCUCUUUACCACUUCGUGGUCGAGUCCUCGAAGCAGACGUCUCAGGGGACCUGGCGCGUGAAGGUCUCUCUGUACUCUGAGUCGACCGGGGAGUUCGACUGCUACUCAGAGCCGCUGAGAAGCGAGGAGGAUGCGAGGAAACAAAAGGAAGCGAUCGAGAUGGCCAUGGCCUUCCAGCAGAGGCCCCCGGAGCAGCCGCAGCCGCCUGGAGGGGGACUCGAGGAUCCUGAGGCGUCAGAGUCAGAGAGCGGAGGCAGCUUAGCCCCCCCGGCUCGCAGCGGGAGCCCAAGCCCAAGCGCCGCAGAGAAGGGCAAGGCGCCCGUGGCUCCGAAGAGUGCAAAGCAAGAAGAGGCUGCCGUGGCGAAGGCCAGGGAGGAGAAGAAGAGUCGGGCUGUGACAGUGAGGCAGAUCACGGAAGAGUUGGUGCCGGGCUUUGAAAGGCCGAAGCCCUUGAACUUUGUGGGCCUCAUGAAGCUUGCGGCAGCCUAUGGCUAUGAUCCACCCUACACGGAGCGCCUAGCGCAGAAUCUCUACGAAAUGGGCUUCAUCAGCUAUCCAAGAACAGAGUCGAGCCAGUACUCUGAGGACGAAGAGGCCCAGCUGGAGGACACCGUCAGGGACCUUGCACGAGCACCUUUGCCGAUGCUUCGAGGGGACGGCCUGAACGUGGAUGGAGAGAUUCAGGAGUAUGCGAAGCGCUUGCUCAAUGAUGAUAAGCUGCAGAGGCCUCGCAAGGGCGUGGCGACCGGGGAUCACGAACCUAUCACUCCCAGCCUGCAAUCAGAUCAUCUACUCACACGCUUUUCUUCGACAUGGCAAAGGCUGCAACAUCGAGAUAAUGCAGAGGAGAGGAAGGACACCAUGACGCUGUACGACCUCAUCUUGCGCUACUUCCUGGCAUCGUUGUCUCCAGAUUGUGUCAUGCAGGCAAGAACCGUCACCUUGGCUUUCGUUGAUGUCGAGAUUCCCUUCGGCGGCCAGUUCCGAGUGCAGCACCGGACUCAGCUGGAGCAAGGAUGGUUGGAGAUUCUUCCCGUAGACACCGCCCCCUUGCUGCUGGAUGGUGAUGUGCCUUAUCUCUCGAAAGAAGCCCUUCUUACUGCUACUUCGGUGCAGCUGAAGCAUGAGCCUCCGGAACCUUCUCGACCUCUCACCGUUGCACGUUUACUCCACAUGAUGGAAGUGCAUGGCAUCGGUACUGAUGCGUCGAUUCCCAAGCAUUUCGAGAAGCUGGUUCAGCGGGGAUACUUCCAGGUUUACAAAAAGAAGGUCGACCGCGUGUGCAUGAGCGAGGCCACCUGGGCAUGGCAUGUUCUGCAAGACGACGAGUUUCACGCAGAGAUGUUUGGGAAUCCGGAAUCUGCGGAUCGUCGGCUUCUUACCAUUUCGGUGAUGAACGUCGGGAAGGCACUGGUGGCUUGGCUGUGGCACCAUGAGCCCCAUCUCGUGCAACCCACGGUCCGCGCCGAGAUCGAAGAGGAGACCCGGGCCGUGGCCUUCAGCGGCCGGUCCGCCUCUGAUGUAAACAGGAAGCUCACAAGCCAAUUUCGGGAUUGGUCUGCCUCGCUUUCUUCCAAGCUCGAGGAGAGGCAUGCGGACUUCACAGGCCAUGAGCUGCUCCGACUCCUCCAGCCGCGCCGGAACGAUGGGAAGACCGCAAUGCUGAACGCCGCCUUUGCAGAGAUCGCCGCGGUCGAUCUCCGGGCCAUGGAAGUGAAGCGCGCAGCCGCACUGCAUCAACACUCUCCAACCUCACAGCCCGUUGACGAAGCGCGCACAGCAUACACGGCACCAGCAGCCAUGGACUUGCAACAUUGCCUGCUGCCAGACACGAUGGUGCUUGUCAGAAACAACGAGCCGGUGCCGGCGAGCUCCAUUCAGGCCGGCGCUGUGCUGCUGACCAUGCAGCAUGCCGACGUCUCCCGGUGCAGAACCAUGCAGUUGCGCGAGCGCGACCUCGUCACGCUGACAUAUAUGGUGGAAGGCAGCACGGCCGUGAAGUCCGUGAUCAUGACAACAGACCACUUCAUCCCGGUUUUGAGGAGCGGUGCGCGAGCCGGACGUCCACUGCCCGCGCGCGACGUGAGGGUCGGUGACAGGUUAUUCACCCGGACGGCUCGGUUUGCCAUAGUGCAGGAGAGGAAGGAGGAGGUGAGGCCCACCCAAGUGGUGCAGAUCGAGUUCGAGGCCCCAGCGACGAUGCUGGUUGCGGGUCCUGAAGAGGACUUGCAACCCAACGAUUUCGUGGAGGUCCAUGGCUGCGGGGAGGGCGUUCCGAGUUUGGACACCUCGGUAAAAAUCCUACACUUCAAUCGCUUCGACAACUUCGCAGAUGCUUUGCUGGAGUCCGAGGAGCUGCAGCUUUGUGUGGAUGACCUCAGGCAAAAUGGCUUCUCUGCCGAAAUCCGGCUCGACGAUGACCCUCCUCGUGGGUUGAUGUUUGUCAGCUCGAACCUGGCACCCGGAGUCAUGUGGGCACUGCGGCAGCGGAAGCAAGAAGCCCGCCCACUCUGGGUCAGCUCCGUUGUGGUUUGCCGCCGCUACGAACUCAUUGUCAGGGACUGUGCGCGACAUUUCCGGGCUCCAGGUCGCAGGACAAUCUUCGUCAAACAGGAGGAGUCUUUGGACGAAUGGAUGAAUGAAUGGCAAAGAAGUCAGCUGGAAGUGUCCCAGCGUUCGACGUUCAUUCAUGCUGCGGUGCCGGCAGAUUCGCAAAGCGUCACCGCACAGUCCGACUAUGUCACCGACGGCGCUUGGCAACGGCCUUCCGCCUGGAGGAAUCGGUUUAGGUAG